CCGGCGCUGAUAAGUGGCCCUCGCGCCGCAGGUGUGGCGGCGGUAGCGGCAGCGGCAAGAGCUGGAGGGGAGGAGGGCCCGGGACAGCGGCGACUGACGGGCCCCGAGUGUCGCGAGCAUGACCGGGCUGUACGAGCUGGUGUGGCGCGUGCUGCACGCGCUCCUCUGUCUCCACCGUACGCUCGCGUCCUGGCUCCGCGUCCGCUUCGGCACCUGGAACUGGAUCUGGCGGCGGUGGUGCCGCGCCGCCUCCUCCGCGGUCCUAGCGCCGCUCGGUUUUACCCUCCGCAAGCCCCCGGCGGCGGGCAGAAACCACCACCACCACCAUCAUCAUCACUACCACCACCAUGCCCAUGGCCGCGGGGCGCCCGGCGCGGCCCCCACCCACCCCCGGCUUCGCUGGCGCUCAGACGGCAAGUCGCUGGAGAAGUUGCCAGUGCACAUGGGUUUGGUGGUCACAGAGGAGGAGGAGCCCAGCUUCUCGGACAUUGCAAGCCUCGUGGUGUGGUGCAUGGCCGUGGGCAUCUCCUAUAUUAGCGUCUACGACCACCAAGGUAUUUUCAAAAGAAAUAAUUCCAGAUUAAUGGAUGAAAUUUUAAAACAGCAACAAGAACUCCUGGGCCUAGAUUGUCCCAAAUACUCGCCAGAGUUCGUGAAUAGUAAUGACAAAGAAGAUCAAGUUUUAAAUUGCCAAUCAUCAGUGAAGGUGCUGUCUCCAGAAGAUGGAAAAGAAGAUAUUGUAAGAGCUGCCCGAGACUUUUGCCAGUUAGUAGCUCAGCAGCAAAAGAGAUCUACAGACAUGGAUGUGAAUGUUUUAGGCAAUUUACUUAGUUUGAAUGGUUUCCCUGACCCUGAUUUAGUAUUGAAGUUUGGUCCUGUGGACAGCACAUUAGGAUAUCUUCCUUGGCACAUUAGAUUGACUGAAAUUAUCUCUUUGCCUUCACACCUAAACAUCAGUUAUGAGGACUUUUUCUCUGCCCUCCGUCGGUAUGCAGCCUGUGAGCAGCGUUUGGGAAAGUGAUCAUAGAUUGCACUGCUUGAAUUCAAGCUUUUGGAGGAAAGGACCCAAGGGAUUCUGAUGUUUACAAGCACCUGUGAUCAAUUCUGUAUAAACCCAGUUCACAAUCCUCCUCAUAAUUUAUCAACAAACUCAGAAAAGUGUCUUACUUGAGAGUGAAUGUGUGUGUGUAUGUGUGUAUGUGCAUGCGAUUGUGAGUAUGAAAGUAAAUUUAUAAAUGGGAAGUAUUGGAGAAAGAACUAUAUAGACCUGCAUCUUUGAGGGGGGAAAAAAACCAACACUAGCCAAGUCUGAAAUGUAGGCUUCUCAAAGGCUUCAACCUCAACCUUUUCCCUAUUUUUGUGGGGAGAGCCAAGGAGGAAUGAUUAGAGCUGUUGGGUUAUUUUUUGGGGACUUUGAGGGAGAUGUGGGAGAGGCAGGGUUUGGUGGAGUUUUUUCCUAGUGACCAAAAUUUUAAGUUUUAAAAAUAAUGGUAUUGACUCUCUCUAUUAAGUGGAAGCAUUCUAAGUUUGAGAACUCUCCGGUCUCCGGUCUAACAGUUUGGCGUGUUGCUCACAUGUUAAAAGCAUGCACCUUUGGAGCAAAGAGGGAAUUUCACUUGUCAUCAGAUGUCCGUCCAUUCCUGUCCCUUACUGCAUCCUGAACCAGCUGGGUCACUUUAGAGCCCUUGACCUGGUGUGCUUGUUUAUAAUAUGGACUGUGAACGUCAGGGACAAAAAUGUUUUGCUACUUUGGAAAUGAAAAAUUGAAAAAUUCCUAAAAUGUUUUAUAAAUGGAAGUGGUUGUCCAGCAGUAGUUUGAGAAACAAAGGGAUAAUAAGUUCCCUGACACUUGAAAAAGCAGCUUUGGGUUCUUCUUUUGGGGGCGGUUUGUUUUUAAGCAGCAUUCAGUCUUGAUAUUAGACCUGCAUUGUCUAACUGUGUCCAUUUACAAAUAGCAAGCAAGUGAGGGAAGUUAACAAAGGCAACUGGUUAUCCCCUCCUGAAGCAAUCCCAACAUUUUCAGAAUUCUUCCCUCCUUGGAGUAGCAUAUUUAAGUUUCUAUGAAUGGAGCUAUAAACAGUUUUUAAAUGGCACUAAUUGGAAUUUUUAAUUUUUUUUUAAAAGGAUUGAAGCCUCUGCAGGGAGUUAAAUAUUACCAAAGUCUACAAAAUGACUGGGCUUAAGUUUUUUUGUUUCUUUUUAUGAGAGAGAAAAUAGCACUGGUUCCAUUUUAUUUUUGAAUAUGAGUAUCUAUUUUUUAGGCAUUUAAUCAUUGCCUCUUCCCUCAUUCCUGCUCUUAAAUUAGGCAUAAGUCACUGUUCAGAUUUGCUAUGUUAGUUUUGGGGAGAACCUGUCUACUAUAAGUGUACAAUAUUUGCACUGGAAUUGUGCAUUUGGAGUAGGGUCUUACUUAAAAUUUAGGUUUCAGAAGCCUUGUAAAAGUAGUUGAAGACUGGAUUCAGAGAGCAUGGUCUGUAAUUGUCCAUCAAGUUCUGAGGCUAUGAAGAAUAAAUGUAUUUCAGCAAUGGGUAAUGAAAUCCCCACAUAUGAUUUUGAAAAUACACUUGAAAUAAAAUCCAUUAAAAACUGAAA